GUUUAAGAAGAUCAUGGAUUUUUAAUUCUUGCCUGCUUUGCUGUGACAUAUCUAUGUUGAAGUCAUUCUUUUGUUAUCCGAAGUUUGCAUGCACACCACAAUGCUUUAUUCACUUGCGUCGAAGUAUUGUACUGCCUUGUAACUAGCAAAAAACUAUUUACAGAAACUUGGAGCCAUUGAAUGAAGAAAACAGAUAGCUCGCCUAUAUACCACAUCAAUACACAUAAGCUACAACAACAGUGGGACAAGCAGCACAAAAGAAACGUAGUAAGUUUGAAAAAGAGAGGAAAUUCUGAUCUGGAUUUUCCACCUUCCAUUUUGAAAGGUGCCAGGAGAUAAUUUCCUAGAUUCCAUUUUUCCGCAUCUUCUUGAUCUUCAACAUAUUGCUUCAAGCUUCUUCUCUUUUCCAUUUGAAUCAAUAUACAGAGGUAUCGAAAAAGACAUCCAAGUUAAAUAGAGGAACAAGAACAUGGCCAUCAGGGAGGAUAUAGAGAAGGGUAACGACAGUGUUCAUGAAGAGGCAAGCGUACCUCUCUUGCAGGAACAGAAGACUAUGGCUGACGAGGAAGAUGGGCACACUGAUCAAACAAGCAGCAAAGCAAGUUUAUGGAUGGUUUACCUCAGCACCUUUGUCGCAGUGUGCGGCUCCUUUGAAUUUGGAUCCUGUGCAGGCUAUUCGUCACCAACUCAGACUGCCAUCAGGGAGGAUCUCUCUCUUACUCUUGCAGAGUAUUCAGUGUUUGGAUCUAUAUUGACUUUUGGUGCAAUGAUUGGCGCAAUCACAAGUGGGCCAAUUGCUGAUUUUAUUGGUCGGAAAGGGGCAAUGAGAACGGCUACUGGCUUCUGUGUUGCAGGGUGGCUUGCUAUUUACUUUGCAAAGGGGGCUUUGCCUUUAGACAUUGGAAGACUAGCAACAGGAUACGGGAUGGGAGUCUUCUCAUAUGUGGUACCAGUGUUUAUUGCUGAAAUCGCACCAAAGAAUCUUCGAGGAGCACUAACAACUAUAAAUCAGCUUAUGAUCUGCACUGGAGUGUCAGUUGCCUUCAUAAUAGGAACAGUUCUAACUUGGAGGACUUUAGCAUUAACUGGACUUAUUCCAUGUGCAAUUCUGCUUUGUGGACUCUUUUUCAUUCCAGAGUCUCCCAGAUGGCUGGCAAAGAUAGGACGUGAAAAAGAGUUUGAAGCUGCACUACAGGAUCUUCGUGGCAAGGAUGCUGAUAUAUCAAAGGAGGCAGCUGACAUUCGGGACUAUAUAGAGACUCUCCAACGGCUCCCGAAAGCCAAAAUGCUGGAUUUGUUUCAACGAAGAUACUUACGCUCAGUCAUUAUAGGAGUUGGAUUAAUGGUCUUUCAACAAUUUGGGGGAAUCAAUGGAAUCUGCUUUUAUGUCAGCAAUAUUUUUGAGUCAGCAGGAUUUUCUGCCAGUGUUGGGACAAUAAUUUAUGCUAUUCUUCAGGUUGUGAUUACCGGUCUUAAUGCAACUGUGAUUGAUAAAGCUGGAAGAAAGCCCCUAUUACUGGUUUCUUCAGCAGGAUUGGUCCUAGGCUGUAUGCUAUCUGGGAUUUCAUUCUAUCUUAAGGGCCAUAAUUUGGCACUCAAUUCAGUUCCCAUUCUUGCUGUAGCAGGCAUAUUGAUAUACAUAGGAUCCUUUUCAGCUGGGAUGGGUGCAGUGCCUUGGGUGGUAAUGUCUGAGAUAUUCCCAAUAAAUAUUAAAGGAGUAGCAGGAAGCUUAGCAACACUAGUGAACUGGUUUGGUGCAUGGGCAGUUUCUUACACUUUCAACUUCCUUAUGAGCUGGAGCUCCUAUGGUACAUUCAUUCUUUAUGCUGUAAUCAAUGCACUGGCUAUAUUGUUUGUGGUCAUAGUGGUUCCUGAAACAAAGGGGAAAACACUGGAACAAAUUCAAGCAGCCAUUAAUGCAUAGAGAAUCAAGAAAAUGAAGCAGCUCAUUCUUCCGUGAAGCAGAUAUCUUGAGAGAUUGGAGAUGCUUCCUAGCAGUGAAGAACAUUUACUGAUGCUUUCAAAAUCAAGCAAAUUGGAUGCUACAUUUGGGGUAAUACAGGUAUUUUAUAAUGGAAAUGAGACUUUAUUAACGCUGAAGGAGAUGCAUAUACAAAGGCAGCACCUUUUCGCGAAAAGAAAGCAAGUGAGAAAGAGACAUCAGGCUCUGCUGGCUUUCUUAUAAGAUGAAUUGCCAAUCAGAAAUUAUUCACAGCCCAAAACAUUAUACUCAUAAAAUUAGAGUAUUUUCUACACAAUUUUUUUGGGUGUUUGAUUUUAAUAUUAUUAUUAAUGAAUCAUGGUCAUGGAUCCUUGCAUCCAAGGUGGAAAACCACUUACACAGAAA